UCAUACGCAGCUCUAAAUUCGCGCGUUUUGUUGAUUAUAGGCAGCAUCUUGUAAAAUAAGUUUUAAAAAUAUUAAUUGCAAAUCCUAAAAAGCCACCAAAAUGAAUGAUUCAUUUGGAGAUUUCAAUGCCACACAAACUGCGCCCACUGGAGCCGCCAGCAAUCAAAAGGGAGAGGGAAUAGUACCAUUGGUGGUAAAGCAAAUUGUGGAUGCUCCAGAGGGAAACAUUGAGCUGUUCGGCAUGCAAUAUGCCAUGGCCUGUGUGGUGGGCAUUGUGCGAAACAUCGAGACUUCCUCGACAAAGAUUACCUACACCCUGGAGGAUCACAGUGGUAGGAUCGAUGCGCACUACUGGCUGGAGGAGGGCGACGCCCUGAAGGCGCCCGAAGUGAUGGUCAAUAACUAUGUAAAGGUCUAUGGCACUACGCGUUCACAAGCGGGCCAGAAAACCCUGAUGGUCUUUAAACUCCUGCCCAUUCUGGAUCCCAAUGAGGUGUGCACCCAUCUUCUUGAAGUUCUAAAUGCCCGCUACAGGGCCGAGGAUUACCAGAGCAAAGGUGGAUCUGGCGCUGGAGCUUCUUCGGGAGGUGGCUCCAUAUCCGAUUUCACCGCCUCCCAGAGCACGGCUAUUGUUAGUGGGCUGGAUCCCAAGCAGCAGGCCGUUUUCCAGGCCAUUAAGAGCAAUGUUUCCGAGGAGGGUAUUUCCCGUAAGGAGCUAAAAGCGAAGUUCUCUCAUAUUAGCGAUUCUGAGUUGACCAACAUUUUGGACUUUAUGAUUUCCGAGGGACACAUUUACUCCAGCAUUGAUGCGGAUCAUUUUAUUUGCACAAUGUAAAUGGAGCCUUUGAUCCAAACAUGUAAUACUAAACAUGCGUAUUAAAUAUAUUAAGUUUAUUAAAAAAGGA